AUGGAGCCAGUCAUACCAGAAAUAGUGAGGAGGAGAAGAGGAAAUAGUGCGGCGGAAAAGGAGAAUUUACCGCUUAUCGUUAUCUGGCAGGUAAUUCAGCUUAUUAUUAUUAUGACUGUCGGUACUCAUAUAGCGGAAAUCUUUCGUCAAGGCAUUUGGGCAUCAUUAACCGGUGGUUGGUACUAUGAACCAUCGCAUUCUAUCUUUUGCAAUGUCGUAAUUUCGCAUUUUAAUUUGGCUUUUGGUAAUCAAAGUAUUUUAUGUACGAAAUCAACAUCAUUUGGCUUGAUUAUCGCUUAUACAAGUUUGGUGACAACUGUUUUUUUAUUACUUAAAUUGAUUGUUCUAUAUUUGCAUAAUUUAUUCGAUACGACAAAUCCAUUACCACAACCAAUAAAAAAAACUUCAAAUACGACUGCAGAAGUUUCAUUACGAACAGCGUUUAUGGAGAAACUCGAUGGAAUUGAACUGGUUGAAAUGAAGGUUGAUAGAAAUGUUGAAGAACUUGGUGAAACUGAAGUUCGUUCUGCACGAAAUCGUCGUUAUGUAAGAAUCGAUGAUGUCGUUGGUCCCGUUGGUCAAGCGGAUCUUCAUUAUACAAAGGAAGAAUGGGUCGAAGAGGGAAGUAGCAAUCGUCAUUCUGAACGUAGUUUACUUGGACGAACUGUAAAUUCUUCUCUACCUACGGAUAGCUUCGAAAUAUUACCAAUUAGAACACGACGUCGGUCAGAAAUUGAUGACCAUCUUCGAAGUGCUAUUAUCAGAAAAUAUUCGGAGCCAUGUCUAGAGGAUCCUUAUCGAUGGAGUCAUGUUCCUAGGCGUAGAUUAAGUGAUACGGAUCCAUGCGUUAGAAGAGCAAAAUCAGCUUUUGAAACCACAGAUAGAAUGGCUGGUGCUAGUGGUACUAUGUUGAGUCAAAGAACUUUGGAAGAAUGCAAAAAAGUGUCAAGGAAAUCCUAUCCUUCAAAAAUGAGUAGUACCGCUGCAUUUUUGUCUGCUGCAUUUGCCAAACGUUGCGGUUCAUCUUACGAUAUUGUUCAAAAAUCGUCCGUUACUACUGAACAAGAAGGUAAUCGUUUUGGGAAUUCCGAACAUUUUUACGACGAUGAAGAUGAGGAAAACGGAAGUGAAGCAAAAAAAACAGCGUCAGAAGAAGCUUCAUGUAGUCAAGUCGAAAGUAUGGUUAAUGAGAUAAAGGAUAUUGAAAGAAAUGCGAGCUCGGAAAUUAAUUUUGAGACUAUGCCGGAUUCAAAAACAGCAGUGGAAUCGUCAGGAAGUGGUUGGAGUCCAGUGUUUGUUUCUCUCGGCGAUGCGAAUAUUCCAUCGACUAGUGGAAUUGAUCGAACUUCAGAAAGAAUUGUUCGAAAUCACAUUUUAUCUUCAAAUGUUGAUAAUCAACAUAAGAAAGAAAAAACCGCCCAUGUUAUUAUUUCAGUAGGCUAUGGAUCUGACAAAAUAGACUUGAAAGGCGAAAUAACAAAGUUCCUCGAAGAACUGAUCGACAAGCAUCCCGAAACUCUUGAUGCAAUUGAAAACGUUCGCAUGAAUCGACUUGGACGUAUGCCAGCCUCAACAAUAAAUUUAUCUGCCUCGUCAUCCAGACCUUCAUUUAAAUUUAGAUCAGCAGAUCGAAAAUUAUCGACAGUAACUAAUUUAUCGAAUAUGGCUCUCAAAGAUGGGACGCAUAUUGCUGUCGAUCAUGAGGAUACAUCUGAAGGAGCAAUUCAUUCAUUCCAGGACGAAGAUGGUAACUGGUGGACCUAUGCCUUUAGUUCUCAUGGAGGAGGCACUGCUCAUGCUCUUGGAAGUAGCAGAGCGUUGAUUGAAAUGAUUAAACACAGUAACACUGCAUCUCUUCAUACGAAAUUGUCGGUUCUUCCUGAAAGCAGUUCAGCCUCAUCUGAAGAUUCAGAUGUUGAUCGUCCAAAACCAGGUGGUGAAACAACUGGCCGAGACUCUAAUGCUGUUGAGGGACGGCAUCAGCGUGCAUUAUCUUCAUCGUCGGCUGAAAGUGGAACUUAUAUAGCCGAUCAACCAUCUGCAAUUUUUCAUGCAUCGAGUUCAAUACCCACAUCGCGCUUAAUUGAUCGCGAAAGGCAGAUUGUUACAUUUGCUAAUGUAGCAGCUCGGUUGCGCGGUGCCACAUAUCAUAGAUCGCAUGCUGCAUCAAUUCGCGUUGAAAAUUUAUUUGAAGAAGAACAGUCAGGAGGAAAUAACGAAACGAUUCGAAUAGGACAUGCUGAGAGACAUGUUAACGAUUUGAGGAGUUCUCGUGCAGGACGUCAUAGGAAUUCUAUUUCUUCGAUUCAAAGGAUUCCAUUUAUUUCCGAAAUAACUGCAAUGGGAGGCGCAAUAAUUGGCCAGUCUCGUGGAGUGAAUAAUACGAAAAGGAAUCAUUAUUACCGUUUAAAAAUGUUUUCAUCUGCUACUGGAGGCAAAGGAAUCAAAUUACAAAUGGAUCGUCUUUCCGUUGCAGCACUUUUUGACCGAAAUAGAUCAUUGUUGUCCUGUUUAUUCGACGUUGUCCUUGCAGCAUUAAUUUCUAUCUUAGCCGGUUUAUUGCUUUCAAGAGCAAUCUUUUAUGAUGUCUCUGUUAUUGUAUUUUCAGUUGUUGUCGCUGGAACUCAUUUUUCUUUAUUGAAAAGCGUUCAGCCGGAUGCAUCUUCUCCAGUUCAUGGGUUCAACUGGCUUAUUGCUUAUUCAAGACCACUUUUAUUUUGUUUAUUAGGUGGAAUGUUAUUGCUGAUGGAUGCAGGCUAUUGUGAAAAGUAUUUGCAAGAAUUAGUUGGAUGGCAGUGGAAUCCAUAUCGUAUAAGAACUGUAUCUAUUCAUACAAUUAGUAGCGCGAUUCGGGAUUUGUUAGCAAUUUUUUUGCUUCUUUCACCGAUUGCUUUCACAGUUGGACUUAUUCCUCAGGCAAAUACACUUCUUUUGCACGUUCUGGAACAAAUCGAAAUGCAUGUUUUCGGUGGCACCGCGUGUUUUUCUCUACUUUCGGCUUUUCUACAACUUGCUAAAAGUAUCUUUGUUCUCAGUAUUCUCUGUUGUUUGGCUCAUAUUGCCCAUCGUGCUGACCCGCAAAAUACUCAAAAUAUUUUAUUCUCUAUAUUUGUUGCUUCUGGUGUUGCUUUAUCUUAUAUCUUGUCAAGAUGUUCAAGUAAUCCAGCAUUAACCGCAUUAAGUUUGCGGUCUUUACGAUCAUACUGGUCGUUAUCAUCGAAAAAUAUUGCUCUUUCACAAUCUGAUUCCAACUACACUCAUUCAAAUUUAGAAGAUAGUGAUAAUUUCCCAGAUGAAGUGAAAGUUUUAGUUGGAUGUAAAGUCCGCCAUGAUAUUUUUAUGUUUCUUAUUUUUUUGCUGCUGUUUUUCGGCCUUCAUUGCACAUCUUUAUUCACAGCUGCUCAACCAAUGUUUCAAACUUGCUUAUGUUGCUCGUGUUUUACUUUUGGAAUAUUGAAUCAUUAUUUAUAUAUGGAAUUACGAAGAGCCAGUCCUUGGAGAUUAAUUGCUCAUCCAGUUUUACGUGCAUUUGAAUUUGUGCAAUAUGAAUCAACUUUUGCUGCGAAGCUCAUGCCUUUUGAAAUCAUUCAUUUUUAUAUGCUUCUCUCCGAAAAAAAUAUUCUUUAUCCGCUAUUUGUUAUUAGUUCGGUAUCGAUAAAUCGUUGGGCAUUGCAUCCAUACUUUAUUGCACUUUUUUUCCAACGAAUUCUCCGCUCAUCAUUUUCACAACCACAACUACUUUAUAUUCCUGUAAUGCUUUCGUUUUUACUCACUAAAUUUGAUUUGUCAGCCAUCGAACAGAUUGAUAACUAUUUCCCGCUUAUUUUAUAUAUAUUUGCACUAAUAUGGCCAAAAAUUUUGGAAUUUUCAUUAAAAAUAAAUUUCAUCGCAGCUUACGUAGCUCCCUGGCAGAUCAGUUGGGGUUCAGCUUUUCAUGCAUUCGCACAGCCGUUUAGCGUACCACAUACAGCUGUUAUAUUCUGUCAGACUUUAAUUUCAUCUAUUAUAUCAGCUCCAUUAAAUCCAUUCUUAGGAUCGUCUUUUUUUCUUACAUCAUAUAUUCGUACAGUAAAAUUCUGGGAAAAGGAUUAUAAUACGAGGCGAGUUGAUCACUCGAAUACGCGGUUGAUAGCUCAGAUUGAUCGAGGUCCUAUGGUGGAUGAUAGCAAUUUAAAUGCUGUUUUUUAUGAACAUUUAACCAGAUCGCUUCAAUUAUCAUUAGCUGGAGAUUUAAUUCUUGGUAGAUGGUCAACAUCUGUGCAGCCAGGGGAUUGUUUUAUUUUGGCGAGUUAUUAUUUGAAUUGUCUGGUUCAUGUGAUCGAAGUGGGAAACGGUUUUAUUACAUUUCAACUUAGAGGUCUUGAAUUCAGGGGAACGUAUUGCCAUCAGCGUGAAGUAGAGGCAAUUAGUGAAGAUGUUAGUGAAGGAGCGGGGUGCUGUUGUUGCUCUCCAGGUUCAUUACCCGGGAUGCUUUCCUUAAAUCGUGCUUGGGUGCUGCGAUGGUUGGCUUGGGAAGUGGUUGCAGCUAAAUAUAUCGUCGAUGGUUAUUCUAUUACAGAUAAUUCUGCUGUGAAUCUUCUACAGGUGCAUGAAUUGCGACGUUUGCUUAUUACUCUUUAUGUUAAAUGUAUGAUCUAUUAUGCUUUGUCAUCAUGCAAACUCUCCCAGUGGCUUCGUACGCCAACAAUUAUAGCGGCACUUCAUCCAAUUGAAUCAUCGGGUCGCCCUUAUGUUGAUCUCGACCCUAUAUUUGGUUCUGCAAAUGAUGAAGAUUUUGAUAUAACUUUGAUGGGUAUAUCUCGAUAUCGCUUCAAUGAUUUGUAUGAACCAUGGAUACGGCAUUGUAUUCAGCAGCGUUUGUUUUCCGAUGAUCCAAUAGAUCAAGAAACAGCCAGUAACUUGCGUCUAAUCACUGCAUUUUGUUUUGCACUUUCUAUAGUAGGACGGCGAACAUUGGCAUCAGCUGCUCAUAAUCGUCAUGCAAAUGCUGCCGAAUCAUUUUUAUAUGGUCUUCAUGCCUUAUUCAAAGGCGAUUUUAGGAUAACUUGCCAGCGUGAUGAAUGGGUCUUCGCUGAUAUGGAUCUAUUACGUUUUGUGGUGGCACCAGCAGUUCGAAUGGCCUUGAAGUUACAUCAGGAUCAUUUCGCUGCUGGAGAUGAUUUUGAUGAUGCGGAUCUCCUUUAUCAACGUAUUACACAGCAUUUAUCCAAGCUUUUUAUUUCCCACGAACAUGAUCCAGCGUGGCGUAAGGCAAUAAUAUCAAAUACACCAUCACUGCUUGCUCUUCGUCAUAUUUAUGACGAUGGUCAAGAUGAUUAUAAAAUUAUUAUGCUUAACAAAAUGCAUCUGAACAUGAGAAUAAUAAAAUUGAAUCGUGAAUGUGUGAGAGCUUUUUGGGCUGGUCAACAGCAAGAAUUAAUCUUUCUCAGAAAUCGUAAUCCUGAACGGGGUUCAAUUCAAAAUGCUCGUCAAGUCUUGAGGAAUAUGAUAAAUAGUAGUGCUGAUCAACCAAUCGGUUAUCCUAUCUACGUUUCGCCAUUGACAACUUCUUUUGUUGGUACCCAUCCUCAGAUUCGCACUUUAAUUGGUCCUCCUCUUACUCCAAAUUUGAUAGGAAGAUUUUUCCAUCGUAUUUGGUCAUCUGUGCGCUCACAUUUUGGCACGAGUGGCAGUUCCAAUAUACCAUUUUCCGGUAUUAAUUUACCGCAUACUAGUGGAUUUAAUCUCAUCACGCGGCGCAAUGAACCACAACUUGCUUCUUUAGAGCUUCGAACUGUUGAAAAAUUCGCUGACACAGCUUCUGGUGAUUCUUCAUCCAAUAGAAAACAACAUGAUUCAGAUUUGCCUGUUGUCCCUAUUCAUGUCUUCACUUGUCUUGAUGAACCAUUGAAAGCUACGGGUGAGACGCUUGUCGUUUGGCCCAAUGCUGGGUGGCGAUUGUUGGGUGGACGUAGCUCUUGGGAAUGGAUGCCAUCUAUUGGUUUUAAAGGUAAAAUCGUGCAUAAAUGGGUCCCAUUUCAUCCUCGACGUGAAUGUCGAUCACACGCUGGCGUCAUUUAUUUACUAUAUAUCAAAGAAAUGGGUGGUUGUUAUGUUCCAGUCGGUGAAUCUGGAAUUGAAAUUAUAUCGAAAUCAGAAUUUAAUUAA